AUUUGAAAAUCGAAACUACAAACAAGUCUAGUAACUAACUCGACGUUUACUUUACGCGAACAAAGUUCAAGCGAGAAAUAGAAAUUGAAGCGAUAAUAUAACUUGAAUUACUGAUAUUUUGAGUGUAUUGAGAAUCGAAAGUAAUAAAUUACAGUAAGAAAGAAAAAGCGAAGCUAUAUUUUGUUAUUGAACAUAGAAGAUACAUCCAGGGUUGUUGAUUUAUUAUAAAGUGUAAAGUUGAAGAAUUGCAAGAAUAAAAUGCCAGCUAUAGGAAUCGACCUCGGCACUACGUACUCGUGCGUUGGUGUUUGGCAACAUGGCAACGUGGAGAUCAUCGCGAACGACCAGGGCAACCGGACCACGCCGUCGUACGUGGCGUUCACGGACACGGAGCGGCUCAUCGGCGACGCGGCCAAGAACCAGGUCGCCCUCAACCCCGGCAACACGGUGUUCGACGCCAAGCGACUGAUCGGCCGCAAGUAUGACGACCCCAAGAUCCAGCAGGACAUGAAGCACUGGCCCUUCAAGGUGAUCAACGACUGCAGCAAGCCCAAGAUACAGGUCCAGUUCAAGGGAGAGACGAAGCGGUUCGCGCCGGAGGAGGUGAGCAGCAUGGUACUCACCAAGAUGAGGGAGACGGCCGAGGCGUACCUGGGCACGGCGGUGCGCGACGCAGUGAUCACAGUGCCGGCCUACUUCAACGACUCACAGCGACAGGCCACCAAGGAUGCGGGCGCCAUCGCCGGCCUGAAUGUGCUGCGCAUCAUCAACGAGCCCACCGCCGCGGCGCUCGCCUACGGCCUCGACAAGAACCUCAAGGGCGAGCGCAACGUGCUCAUUUUCGACCUGGGCGGCGGCACGUUUGACGUGUCCAUCCUUACCAUCGACGAGGGCUCCCUAUUCGAGGUGAGGGCGACGGCCGGCGACACGCACCUCGGCGGCGAGGAUUUCGACAACCGGUUGGUGAACCAUCUCGCGGAAGAGUUCAAGCGCAAGUACAAGAAAGAUAUGACUGUUAACCCGCGCGCGCUGCGCCGUCUGCGCACCGCCGCCGAGCGCGCCAAGCGCACGCUCUCCUCCAGCACCGAGGCCACCAUCGAGAUCGACGCGCUCUAUGAAGGCGUCGACUUCUACACGCGAGUGUCGCGUGCGCGCUUUGAGGAACUCAACUCGGACCUGUUCCGCGGCACCCUGGAGCCUGUGGAGAAGGCCCUCAAGGACGCCAAACUGGACAAGAGCCAGAUCCACGAUGUGGUGCUCGUCGGCGGCUCCACCAGGAUCCCCAAGGUGCAGAGCCUACUGCAGAACUUCUUCUGCGGCAAACAGUUGAACUUCUCCAUCAACCCCGACGAGGCGGUGGCCUACGGCGCCGCCGUGCAGGCCGCCAUCUUGAGCGGCGAGAGCGACUCCAAAAUCCAGGACGUGCUGCUGGUGGACGUGGCUCCUCUAUCGCUGGGCAUCGAGACAGCGGGCGGCGUCAUGACGAAGAUCAUCGAGCGCAACUGCAAGAUCCCGUGCAAGCAGACGCAGACGUUCACCACGUACUCGGACAACCAGCCCGCCGUCACGAUCCAAGUGUACGAGGGCGAGCGCGCGAUGACCAAGGACAACAACCGGUUGGGCACGUUCGACCUGACCGGCAUACCGCCGGCGCCGCGGGGAGUGCCGAAGAUCGACGUCACCUUCGACAUGGACGCCAACGGCAUCCUGAACGUGUCCGCUAAGGAGAACAGCACGGGGCGCAGCAAGAACAUCGUGAUCAAGAACGACAAGGGACGCCUGUCGCAGGCCGAGAUCGAUCGCAUGGUGUCGGAGGCGGAGCGCUACAAGGAGGAGGACGAGAAGCAGCGGCAGCGGGUGGCAGCGCGCAACCAGCUGGAGGCGUACGUGUUCGGCGUGAAGCAGGCGCUGGAGGAGGCCGGCGACAAGCUGAGCGAGCAGGACAAGAGCACCGCGCGCAGCCAGUGCGAGGAGGCGCUGCGCUGGCUGGACAACAACACGCUCGCCGAGCGGGAGGAGUACGAGCACAAGCUGCAGGACGUGCAGCGCGCGUGCUCGCCCAUCAUGAGCAAGCUGCACGGCGCCGCGACCGGGGCAGCGCCCGGAGGAAACGCGUACCAGCCCAGGGGCGACGGGCCCACCGUCGAGGAGGUUGAUUAAGUGGACAGUCUCAGUAGUUUAGUUCUAGUCUUAUUUUGUUCUAAUAUAGGUAUUGUGAUAAUAAGUUUAAGACUGAUAUUAAUUAAAACUGCAGCAGAUGAUCAUC